GAUACACCACUAGUUUUAACAUAUUUGAAUUCUUGCCUUAAAAUAAUGAAAAGUUGUACGAAGGAAACAAGAUAUGAAGCGAAUAUUUUUGAGGAUUGGAGACCGCACAACGAGCUAGUUGGAGCUACUGACGCUUUGUUAACCCUGAAAUGACCACCCACCCUCAUCCCUUCCUCCCUUCUCUCCUGGUUGAUCAAGAUGGACUAGAAAUUAGGACCUGACUAUGAUAUUCUCUGUUCUGCAACAGUAGACUAUGGGCACCAGUUGUUUAUAAGCCUGGAUGUGUUUAUGUUGAAAACGGAUAGCAGUGACUAAACUCGAUUACUAAGUCUGACGAGGCAUGUGCGCAUUCAGUAAGGUUUGCCAUCACGAUAAGCUUCACCAACUAGAUAAAGAUGGUUUAUGUGAUAUCCACCUGGUACUAAAGCCACCUUGCGCUGCACUAAGUAAUCAUAUGAUGAGAUAGCUACAAGAAGAUGCUCCUAAAUCAUAGAAAUUUAAGUUGUUGAUCGAAGAAAAUAAUAUAUUGGUGGUAUGUACGAGCAACAGACCAGCGAGGAUGAGAAAUGGUGCGUGGCAGUGGUGAGUGGUGACCCUGGCCAGUCUUUGCUGGGGUGGUGCGUGAGGCAGAGUGAUGCAGGGCGCGCUGGUGCCUGUGAAGGACUUUUGGCACAGAAAUUUCGUAUCGUCAGCAUUGAGAGUUCGAGAGCAGCUGCUGGACAUGACGGAGCAGAAAUGCCACGUGUACCUCGGUGGGAUCCAGACCAUGCACUACAGAACAUUCGAAGACAAGAUAGGACUUCCAGGAAUGCUGGGCACUGUAGUAGGGGAUGUGAAACCCUUCUGUGGGAGCCGGAAGAUAGGACUUCCAGGAAUGCUGGGCACUGUAGUAGGGGAUGUGAAACCCUUCUGUGGGAGCCGGAAGAUAGGACUUCCAGGAAUGCUGGGCACUGUAGUAGGGGAUAUGAAACCCUUCUGUGGGAGGCAGGAGGGAUGUGUGACAGUGUUUGGAAGGCAGGAGGGAUGUGUGACAGCAUCUGGAAUGUGCAGGCUGGGUGUUGAAAGCUAUGGGUUAGAGAGUUUGACCUCCACUGAAGUGUAAGGGUGUUGGAACUUGUUAGGGAAAGGAUGAGAAGAGAAUAAGAGAAUAAGAGCAGGCAAGGAUGGAGUGAUGGAGUCUGUGACGGAAGGGAUAAGAGGUGAAUGAGAGAAUUUGAACAAGUAAGGAUGGAAACAAAUGAAGGAUGGAGUGAUGGAGUGUGUGAGGGAGAGGAUAGGAAGGGAAUAAGAAGACUUAAACAUGCAAGGAUGGAAAUAAAUGAAGGAUGGAGUAUGUGAAGGAGACAAGAUGAGAGAAAGAAAAUUAGAACAUUCAAGGUGGAAACAGAUAGAGGAUGGAGUGAUGGAGUGUGUGAGGAAGAGGAAGAGGACAAGGGAAGAAUCAGAGGGUUGGAGCAUGGAUGGAGGAAAUACAAGGACAGGAAUAAACAGAUGGAUAAAUAAAUAGAGAAAGUAAAGGAGGCUUGGAAAAUAUUAAACUGUUGAGGAAAUGUAGGAGAGCUGGAAAGUACUUGAUAGAAUAAUGACAUUACAAAAAGUAAUUAGUGACGUGACAGAUCUGGUGAUAUAAAAAGUUGAAAAUGAAUGAAAAUAUUGAUGAUGCUAUUGUUAAUGAUGUGUUGAUUGUAAUGCAGCACAAUCUGCCACCAGGAAAGCCUUCAGGUUGUUGAGAAAUGAGCCAAGAAUCUUCAGGGAGACCGCAUCAAACAGUAUGCUCAACGCUAACACCUAUAGAUAUGUGAGUAGUAGUAGUAGUAGUAGUAGUAGUAGUAGUAGUAGUAGUAGUAGUAGUAGUAGUAGUAGUAGUAGUAGUAGUAGUAGUAUUGUUGUUGUUGUUGUUGUUGUUGUUGUUG